AUGAGCAAGAUCUCUGAAGGUGUCGGGGACCCCCCUUCGUAUGGUAGCCGCUCACCAAGCUUAUCUAGUCACGACAAGGAAAAGGAAAAAUACAAUGCUGGUGCAGAAGAGCAAGUUACCGCGGAGGUUCUCACAGACGAGCAAUUGGUGUACCUCAUCUCUCGAAUGGGCUACGACCACCCCAGAGAUCUCAGCGAUGUGCCUGCUUCAGUAAGAUACCUGGAGUCGAAGCUUGCGGAAUUGGAUAUCGAGAAAUGCUUGAGAAUAAUCGAUCUGAGCUUUGAGAUACAUAAUGAGGACUUCAAUUUAAAGACUGAUGAUUGGAAUGAUUUAGUUCGUUUCUCGAAGAGAGAUUUUGACCCCGAAGAUCCGCAGCAUGUGUUCGAACUUAAAACUGUUGCAGGGAUUUUCGAGUACUACUCGCCGUACGUGGAAGUGAGGGCGGUCGCGAGCCCUGUGGAUGAUCCAACGAUUCCAGUAGAGACUUUCCGUGCCUAUUUCUUGGCGACUUUUUGGGUGGUUGUUGGGAGUGCCUUGACCAUGUUCUUUUCGGAGAGACAGCCUUCAAUCGCUCUCAGUAUAUCUGCGGUGCAGAUGCUGGUGUAUCCCUGUGGACUCCUGUGGGCGCGCUUGAUGCCAUGCUGGGGCUUCAACGUCUAUGGCCGCAGGAUUGCACUCAACAUCGAUAGUCCGUGGACCGAGAAGGAGCAGAUGUUUGUGACGCUGUUGUACGGUAUCACUACUGGCUCGUUCUACGCGAACUAUAAUAUUUUAACGCAGCACAUUCACUACAGAAGCCCUAUGCCAUAUGCGUAUCAAUUGCUACUAUCAAUUCCACUCCAGUUCUUGGGGUUUGGCUUGGCUGGAAUCAUGAGAAAAUACGUGGUGUAUCCAGCGACUGCUAUGUGGCCAUCCAUAAUGACUACGAUAGCGCUGAAUAAGGCGAUGAUGAGCGACGAGCACUCGGGGGGGUUUGGUAGAAAAAAGAUGUUCUACUUGACUUUUGCAAUUAUUUUCGUAUACAAUUGGUUUCCGACAUACCUUUUCGAAGCCUUGAGUACUUUUAACUGGAUAACUUGGAUAAAACCGGAUAACUUCAAUCUUGCGACUGUCACUGGCGGAAUUAAUGGCGUGGGACUGAACCCACUUUCGACGUUGGACUGGACUAACAUUGGAGUGGGCGGUUUUUAUCUUCCAUUCAGAGUAACGCUGACUAUGUAUAUGGGAGGUCUACUUGCAGCACUAAUCACUCUCGGCGUCUAUUAUAUGAACUACAGUGAAUGUCAGUUUCUUCCAAUUUUCACGCAAAGCUUAUAUAAUAACAAAGCAAAAGUGUACCAAGUAGAGGAAAUACUGACUGAAGAUCGAUUACUCGAUGAGCAGAAGUUCCAGAAAUACGGAUUUCCAUAUUAUACUGCAGGUAACAUGGUGGCGUAUGGUUGUUUUAUGUGCGUUUACACAGCGCUUGUGGUGAGCUCCAUCCUGCAGCAGGGGGCAUUUUAUAUGCGGGUGUAUAAAGCCUGGAUCCUAGAUCUAUGGUCACUGAGAACGCGUAGCGGGUUGCGUGAAGCCUUCAGUAACGAAAAGCACGUGUUAGACGAAUUCCACGACCCACACUGUCGGAUGAUGAGGAAAUACAAAGAAGUACCUGAGUGGUGGUACAUGUCAAUAUUUGUGGUUUCAAUCGUGAUUGGAGUCAUCGUGGUGACAACGUUCAAAACCAAUACACCUGUGUGGGGAUUAUUUCUAGCCGUAGGCUUAAACUUCAUUCUGCUUCUUCCAAUUACGUUACUACAAGCCACGCGCGGUGUUACUAUAGGACUGAACCUGUUGCUGCAAAUGAUCAGUGGCCUGGCAUUGCCAGGAAAUCCUUAUGCGCUAAUGUUUAUCAAGGCAUUCGGGUAUAAUAUUGAUGGCCAAACUGAUAACUAUCUCAGCAAUAUGAAGAUGGCACACUACGCGAAAAUACCACCUAUCCCACUAUUUAGGGGACAGCUUUUAAUGGUUCUGAUACAGGUCUUUGUGAAUCUUGGCGUUAUAAAUUGGCAGCUUCAUAAUGUUGAGAACUAUUGCGAUCCUAAGCAGCGGUUCAAGUUCACAUGUCCCGGCGUCAGAACAUACUUCAAUGCUUCUGUCAUGUGGGGUGCUAUUGGACCAAGACGAAUCUUUGAACAUGUCUAUCCUAUCAUGAAAUGGUGCUGGUUAAUUGGGGCGUGCGUAGGAUUAUUCUUCGGAAUAUGGAAGAGGCUCAGUAUCAUGUACGACAAAAUACCGUACCCUAGACGUUUCAGUCCGGUGAUCUUCAUUAUUGGCAUGCUUUCUUUUGGUCCUCCCUAUAAUUUGCAGUAUAGUACCUCUGGUCUCUAUGUGGGCUUCAUUUCUAUGUUUUACUUGAAAAGAUACCACCUUCGUAUAUGGGAGAGGUAUAAUUAUGUCAUUGCUGCCGCCAUCACCUGCGGGGUGGUGUUUUCUGCUAUCUUGAUGUUUUUCUCCGUUCAAUGGAAGGACAUUGAACUUAACUGGUGGGGAAACAGUAUCUCAUAUGCGGGUCUUGAUUACGCUCGGGUGCCGCUUCUUAAUGUGACCGAAACUGAGAGAGGAUACUUUGGACCAGAGCUUGGCCACAUUCCGAAAUAG